GGGGUCAUCAUGCCUCCUCUGUGUCCUUUUCUCUGAUUUCUUCCAAGACCCUGUGCUUGGAGCUGUUUGAAAAACCUGUUUUUUGGGGGAUUUUUUUCUUCUCUCACAUGUAUGGCUCAUUUGCCGUUUUGAAGCUUGCAUCUCCAAACCAAAACACGAUGUGGAAAAAGAGUUUUCUCAUGUUCCUUUUCUCUCUUUCAGUUCAAAGAGCUGCCCCGGAUUGUGAGGAGAAAAGAAUGAGCCAACUCCCUUCUCCAAGUCUGAACUCAAAAACAAAUGCAGUCAUGAGGGGUCAAAAUAUAUCUUUAAUUUGUUCCAUCCAGUACCAAUCACUACAGAUAACCUAUCUUUUGUUUCGGCAUGAUAAGUGCCUGAGAACCCAGGAUGGAAAAAAUGAACCCGUAAUUUUUAACCUAAGCAUCUCAGAAGCCCAUGAUUUGGGGCCCUACAAAUGCAAAGUCCAAGUUCCUAACUGUUCAGUUACCAAAUACAGUCAUGAGUUCAACUUCAUCUUUGUUGACCCAGUGAUUACACCAGUGUUGGAUGUUAAUGUUAUUAAAGUAGAAACAGACCGACAUUUAAUACUGCGUUGCAUCUCAUUCAAUGGCUCUCUGCCCAUCAAUUAUACUUUCUUUGAAAAAGAUACCGCCAUAUCACCAGCCAUUUCCAAGGACAUAAGGGAGCCUGCUGAAUUCAACUUAACCAAGAGAAACACUGGAGGAAGGGAAGAGUAUAGGUGCAAAGCUAAAAACAAAUUGCCUGACCACGCAAAAUACAGUCAACCAGUCUUCAUCAAUCCCUCGACAGGUGGAGGCAGCUGUCCUUUCUGCCUGCAGUUACUGCUUCCAGGAUUAUUGCUGGUGUUAAUAGUCAUAGUCUCAAUUCUGACAUUUUGGAUGCUACCAAAGUACAAAGCAAGGAAAGCUAUGAGAGAUCAGGCACCCAGAAACUAUGGAAAUACACCUACGGAAAUUGGAAUAUAUGCAAAUAUCUGUGAAACUCAAGCAGGAACUGGACACUCCCAGGAGAUACAUUACGCUACCCCCAUGUUCCAGGAGGUGGCACCAGGACAUCGUGAAGCCUAUAAUGAUUGUAAAACUGGAUCUAUCUAUUCUGAACCCAUCAGAAGAUGACAUUUAAAGAUAUAAGCUACAUCUCAGAGAGUCGAUGGCGUAACCAGAAAUCAAGCCACUGGCCUGCAGUUCUUGCUGAAG